CUUCUCUUCAAUUUCUCUUUGCCUUUGAUCUUUGUCAGCUUUUUCUUGCUUCCGUAGUUCAUAUGGCGUGUGUUCAAGUCAUCACAGUUCUUCUCUUUGCAUUGGCUCUAGCUAAAAUUUACCCCUCAACAUGUCAAGUGGUGCAGGGAAAAGUCUCCUGCGUUGACUGCACUCACAACUAUGACUUAUCUGAUAUUAAGGUUUCAGUGAGGUGUGAUGGUGUGAAAAAACUGGCUUUGGCAACUACAGAAAAUGAUGGCUCCUUCAAGGUUGAUCUUCCCCUAGACCACACAAAACCUUCUUCUUCUGUGAAUAAUUGCCUAGCAAAACUUCUUGGUGGGCCAGUUCAGCUUUAUGUCUCAAGGGAAAACCAGGUAUCCCAAAUUAUCAAGGGCAAAGAUCAAAACAGCUACACCAUCUCCACUUCCCUUAGUUUCAGGACAUCAUGCCCCCUAACCACAAAAUGCAAGGGUGGGAAACAGGUUGGUUCAUCGAAAACUGUGGAUCUACCUCUGCCUCCAGAGUGGGGAUUGGCACCAAGUAGCUAUUAUGUUCCUUUCUUCCCCAUCAUUGGAAUACCUUGAUCAUGGGCUCAAGACUUCAAGUGAUUUGUAAUCACUUGAUUAAUAAUACUUGUAGGGGAUAAUAGACUGUUAUACUGUCUUAUAUGUUACAUAUGAUUAUUAUAGAUAUGUGUCAUGUGUAGUGUGAAAGAAUGAUGCCACUUAUAGUUGUGGCAUGUACUGUAUGAUAGUACGUGAAGGAAGUAUAUUUCCUGGCUUGAAAAAGAAUAUAAAUACUCUACUGGUUUGUCAACUUAUGUUACCUUGUUAUAUAGUAUGAUAUUUUGCUAAUCAA